AUGAAUGUGUUUGUUGGCCAGGCACCCUGCGAUACCGUGAUCGGUAUUGACCGGUACUCCUUCACACUUCGGCAAGGCCAGCCGUUCCAUGGGUUUAAAGCGAUCCCGCGGCAUCAGCCGUUCCAUGUCAUCCAUUUCCAACACGGCGAAGAUGGCGUGCGGUAUGGCUACUGGCUGAGUGCGGCCGAUGACAGCUACAUCGCGCUCUCCUACAGCGCGGACCAGGAGCAGUAUGUGCCUGAAGAGCAACCAGCAUGCGAGCCGCACUUGGUCACAGAGAAACGUUUGGCCGCGUGCCAGCAGCUGAUGGUCAGUUAUCCGAAGGUGGACGAAGAUGAUAUGUGGCACCAGCUGACACAGUAUAUGCGGUGGGCAGACAUGCGCCGCUGGGUGGACGAAGGUGGUUCGGGCGCACCCUUUGCAUAUGUGGACUCAUCCGUCACCACUGCCGAGGAAAACUCCAUGUUGAACGCCGCGCUGGCACGCACGCCCAGUACGCGCCCCAGAGACUGCCUCGAGCAGCACAUGCUCCGCUACACACCGAUACACUUCAAAUCUACCGCGGCAAUCCGCCCCGACCAUCGCAUGCAGGACUACUUGGACCGCUCGUUCUACCUGAAUCACGUGAUUCUACCGCAUUACCAUGACAACUCGUUCGCAUCGCUGCUCGGCGAGCUCCAGUUUGCGUUUCUAAACGCCAUGCUCUUCUGCAACUACGGAUCUAGCCUGCAGUGGCAUGCGCUGGUGGAGCUCGUCUGCACUGCGUCCUGCGUCACGGCCGCGCAGCUCGCACAGCUCGAUGCCCUGCUUGCCGCACAGCUCGAUGCCCUGCCCGCAGAGUACCACGACAGCCUCCUCAACGAGCAGGUCUGGCUGCGCUGCGUGCUCACAGACGGGCCCGAGCCGCCCGCCGCCCGUCUGCCCCGGGCCGCCCACCGCGCAGCCGUCAUCUUCCCAGACGACCCGGGCUCGGACGCCUCUGCGGAGCCGCCCGACUCCGACGACUCCGACGGACCCGCCGUGGCCGGCCGCGUGAGCUACGGCCCGCGCGCAAGUAGCACUCAUCCGUAA